GAGCAGAAAGAAGGUGUGUGUAUACAUGGCGGGAUUCCAGUUGAGAGAGAUAGGACCUUGGGAUUUAAGUUCAGUGUGGGAUAUGGUAGAGAGUCCAAUUGCUCAGGGAGCCCUCAGGCCUGCAGUCCACCCCCUCCCACCCCCUUCCUCCGGAGGUCUGUCUGCCUGUUCCAGCAGUGACUUGUACACAUUUUCCGAUUUCCUCUGAACCUCCACCCAGUGGCAGAAGGGUGACUCAGGACCCUGGUGGCCGGGCCCCCAGCUCCAUGAGAUCUUUGUUUGCUCAGGCCUUUGGCUCUGGCCCUCUCUCCUAGGGCGGUCAAAGGAUUUCCUGAGCCUCGCCCCUGCCCUCUGAGAGCCAGGCCCAGCUGGCCAGCAGAGGCCUGGGGUGAGAGUCCCUGAGGCUGGGGUGGUCACACCUUCUACCAGGCUCAGGAGAUGGAGAGCCAAGAGCAUGGGGUGGGCCACCGGCCCCCAGAGGAUGAGAAAGAACUGAUCCGCCGGGCCAUCCAGAAGGAGCUGAAGAUCAAGGAAGGUGUGGAAAACCUGCGUCGUGUGGCCACAGACCGCCGCCACCUGGGCCAUGUGCAGCAGCUGCUGAGGUCCUCUAACCGCCGUCUGGAACAGCUGCAUGGGGAGCUGCGGGAGCUGCAUGCCCGCAUCCAGCUGCCCAGCCCAGCUGAAUCUGCAGCCUCAGGACCCCAGCCACGGGCAGAGCAGUCAAGGGCUCGGCAUCUGGAGGCUCUACAGAGGCAACUGCAGGUGGAACUGAAGGUCAAGCAGGGGGCUGAGAAUAUGACCCACACUUAUGCCAGUGGCACCCCCAAGGAGAGGAAACUCCUGGCAGCUGCCCAGCAGAUGCUGCGGGACAGCCAGCUGAAGGUGGCCCUGCUGCGGAUGAAAAUCAGCAGCCUGGAGGCCAGUGGAUCCCCGGAGCCAGGUCCUGAGCUGCUGGCAGAGGAGCUGCGGCAUCGACUGCGGAUUGAAGCUGCUGUGGCUGAGGGUGCCAAGAACGUGGUGAAGCUGCUUGGCAGCCGGCGAACACAGGACCGCAAGGCACUGGCCGAGGCUCAGGCCCAGCUCCAGGAGUCCUCCCAGAAACUGGACCUCCUGCGGCUGGCCUUGGAGCAGCUGCUGGAGGGACUGCCUCCUGCCCACCCACUGCGUGGCAGGGUGGCCCGGGAGUUGCGGACUGCUGUGCCUGAGAACCCCCAGCCUUCAGGGAUACUUGUGAAGCCCACCGCCAUGACAGGGACACUGCAAGUCCAUCUCCUGGGCUGUGAGCGGCUGCUAACCAUCGUGCCUGGACGUUCUCCAGCGGCCGCACUGGCUGGGAGCCCCUCCGAAGGCUGGCUUUGGGCCAGAGCCAAGCAGCGUGGUGGGGGUGAGCUGGCCAGUGAGGUGCUGGCUGUGCUGAAAGUGGACAACCGCAUCGUGGGCCAGACAGGCUGGGGGCCAGUGGCCAGGCAGUCCUGGGACCAGACUUUCAUCAUCCCCCUGGAGCGGGCCCGUGAGCUGGAGAUUGGGGUGCAUUGGCGGGACUGGCGGCAGCUGUGUGGCGUGGCCUUUCUGAGGCUCGAGGACUUCCUGGACAAUGCCUGUCACCAUCUCUCCCUCAGCCUGGUGCCACAGGGGCUUCUCUUUGCCCAGGUGACCUUCUGUGACCCUGUCAUUGAGAGGAGGCCGCGGCUGCAGAGGCAGAAACGCAUAUUCUCUAAACGCAGAGGCCGGGACUUCCUGAGGGCGUCCCAGAUGAACCUCAGCAUGGCAGCCUGGGGGCGCUUGGUCAUGAACCUGCUGCCCCCCUGCAGCUCCCCAAGCACCAUCAGCCCCUCUAGAGGAUGCCCCCAGACCCCAGCCAUGCCCCGGGGGUCCACUGACCCUGCCUCCCCCAGGAAAGCCCCUGUGGGAGAAGAGAUGAAGCCCCCUCCCAAGCCCCCACGCCUCUACCUGCCCCAGGAGCCCAUCCCUGAGGAGACUCCGUGCACCAAACGCCCCCAUGUGGAGCCCACGACCAGAGUCCGGCCGUUUCCAGCAGCCUCCCCCACCAGGAAACCCCCCCGGCUUCAGGACUUCCGCUGUUUGGCCGUGCUGGGCCGGGGACACUUUGGGAAGGUCCUCCUGGUCCAGUUCAAGGGGACAGGGAAAUACUACGCCAUCAAAGCACUGAAGAAGCAGGAAGUGCUUGGCCGGGAUGAGAUAGAGAGCCUGUACUGCGAGAAGCGGAUCCUGGAGGCUGUGGCCCACACGGGGCACCCCUUCCUCCUCUCCCUCCUUGCCUGCUUCCAGACCCCCAGCCAUGCCUGCUUCGUGACUGAGUUUGUGCCUGGCGGUGACCUCAUGAUGCAAAUCCAUGAGGAUGUCUUCCCUGAGCCCCAGGCCCGGUUCUACCUGGCCUGUGUGGUCCUGGGGCUGCAGUUCUUACAUGAGAAGAAGAUCAUUUACAGGGACCUGAAGUUGGAUAAUCUCCUGCUGGAUGCCCAGGGUUUCCUGAAGAUUGCAGACUUUGGGCUCUGUAAGGAAGGGAUCGGCUUUGGGGACCGGACAAGCACCUUCUGUGGCACCCCAGAGUUCCUGGCUCCUGAGGUGCUGACCCAAGAGGCCUACACACGGGCGGUGGACUGGUGGGGGCUGGGUGUGUUGCUCUACGAGAUGCUGGUGGGUGAGUGCCCGUUCCCGGGGGACACUGAGGAGGAGGUGUUUGACUGCAUCGUCAAUGCGGAUGCCUCGUACCCCUGUUUUCUGUCAGUGCAAGGACUAGAGCUCAUUCAGAAACUCCUCCAAAAGUGCCCGGAGAAGCGCCUGGGGGCGGGCGAGCAGGAUGCUGAGGAGAUCAAGACACAGCCUUUCUUCAGGACCACAGACUGGCAUGCCCUGCUCACCCGCACUGUCCGGCCCCCCUUUGUGCCCACCUUCUGGGGCCCUACAGACCUGCGCUACUUCGAAGGCGAGUUCACGGGGUUGCCGCCUGCCCUGACCCCACCGGACCCCCGCAGCCCACUCACUGCCCGCCAACAAGCUGCCUUCCGGGACUUUGAUUUCGUGUCUGAGCAAUUCCUGGAACCAUGAGGGCCUCUCCCGGCAUCUCCAGCUAUCCCUGGCCCCAGACUCUUGUAGCUGCUGCCCUCCUGCCUGUAUGCCUGUGUGCCCUGUUCUGGAUGUCCAGGCCUUGCCUGGUAUUUAUGAGCCCUUGGGGCUCUGUGUGGUGCGGCCAUGGGGCUGCUCUGUCCUGGGGCUGCUCAGUGUCACUGGGCCAAGUGCUUGCCCUCCCCCUCUCACCCAACCCUUCUCUGCUUCCCAGUGAGACCUGGACCAGAAAGGGCGCCAUAGGGCGGAGCGGUUUGUUUUAUUUUUUUAAUACUUGACUUGCUUUAUGGAUUAUUAAAUUUGUAAAACUGUG